ACCGGAUGUGAUGUCAUUGGCACCGUUCAGUUUCUAAAGAGCAAGAUGCUAAUGGAACUUGUUUGUUAUAAACCGGUUUGCUUAAAAGCUUAAUUAAAAAACAGAAAUGUCGCUUUCAACGGCUCGUUCAUUCCUGUCAGAAGCGUGCUAUGGGGAGCAGGAACUGGACGCUAACUCCGCUCUCAUGGAGCUGGAUAAAGGCCUGCGAUCGGGGAAGCUCGGAGAGCAGUGUGAAGCUGUGGUGUUGUUCCCCAAACUCUUCCAGAAGUACCCCUUUCCCAUCCUCAUCAACUCCGCUUUUCUGAAACUCGCAGACAUCUUUAGGCUCGGCAACAACUUUCUGCGUCUGUGUGUCCUGAAAGUAACACAGCAGAGUGAGAAACAUUUGGAGAAGAUUCUCAAUGUGGAUGAAUUUGUUAAGAGAGUGUUUUCAGUCAUACACAGCAACGACCCUGUGGCCAGAGCUAUCACUCUGAGGAUGCUCGGUAGUUUGGCCUCCAUCAUCCCAGAGAGGAAGAAUGCCCACCACAGUAUUCGACAAAGCUUGGAUUCUCACGACAACGUGGAAGUUGAGGCUGCUAUCUUUGCUGCUGCAAGUUUCUCUGCCCAGUCGAAGGACUUUGCUGCUGGAAUAUGUAACAAAGUCAGUGAAAUGAUUCAAGGUUUGGACACGCCGGUGGAUCUGAAGCUGAAGUUGAUCCCCAUGCUGCAGCACAUGCAUCACGACGCCAGCCUGGCAUCCAGCAGCAGAGAGCUCCUGCAACACCUGGUCAACUCCUACCCCUCCACGCCCAUGGUCAUCGUCUCGUUGCACACCUUCACGCAGCUGGCUGCCUUCUCCCUCAUUGAUAUCCCCAAGCAGUUGCAGCUUCUCCUUCAGUACCUGAGAGAUGAUCCGAGGAAAGCUGUAAAGAGGCUUGCAAUAAAUGACUUAAAGCUCCUGGCUAAAAAGGCUCCUCACCUUUGGAUCAGAGAAAAUACUCAGACUCUGUGUGAGUGUGCUUUGACCAUCCCUUACAACAGUUUGAAACUGGGAAUGUUGGCUGUCCUCUCCACACUCUCUGGGACAAUAGCCAUCAAGCAGUACUUCAGCAAUGCAGCAGCUGGCUCUUCCAUCCUCCCUCGGCUCACUGACCUGGUUAAACUGGCGCAAGAAUGUUGUUACCACAGCAACCUGUCAGUGGCGGCUCAUGGGGUCGUGGUGCUUUCCAACAUUGCCAUUUCCUGUCCGGAAAAAGAUAUCGUACAACUGGAGCAGGACACAGUGUUGGGAGUGGAGUCUCUUCUGAUGCUGUGCAGUCAGGACAGCAGCCCCAGUGCACAGACCACUCUCAAAACUGCGCUCACCUCGCUCGUUAAGCUGCUAAAAAAUCGUCCUCAUCUCAGCCAAUCAGCUGUGGAGUUCCUGCUUGGCCAGCUCCACUUAUCCUGCCACUCAUCACGUGUCCACAUGUGCCAUGCUCUCUCAGCCAUCGCCACCCACCUGCCCGUCCUGGGAGACGGCAUGCUGGGAGAUCUUGUUGAUCUCUACCGGGUGGCCGGUCACACCUCCACCGGCGAGCAGCAGGAGCUUCUGGUUUCUUUGGCGACCGUGAUUUUUGUCGCUAGUCAAUCGUCUCUGUCACUUGAAGUGAAGACAGUCAUCAAACAGCAGCUGGAGAACGUUGCAAAUGGCUGGACAGUCUAUCGGAUUGCACGGCAAGCCUCGCGCAUGGGAUGCCACGAGUUCUCCAGCGAGCUCUACCAGUGUCUUCGCACCCGUGUGGCAUCAGAGCAUUUCUACUUCUGGCUGAACAGCCUAAAGGAGUUCUCCCAGGCAGAGCAAUGCUUGAGUCUUGUGGAGGAGGGCGACUACAGCGGAGCCAUGAGCGCCAUCGCAGAGGCCUUGCGCUCCUACCAAAAAGGCAUCGCCUCGCUCACGGCUGCCAGUACUCCUUUGAGCCCGCUCACGUUCCAGUGUGAGUUCAUUAAGCUGCGCAUUGACACUCUACAAGCCCUGUCGCAGCUGAUUUGUACCUGCAACAGCCUGAAAACCAGCCCUCCACCUGCCAUCGCCACUACUAUCGCUCUCACGUCAGGCGAUGACGUCCAACGAUGUGGCCGCAUCUCAGUGCAGAUGAAGGUAUGCAUGGAGGAGUUCAGGAGUCUUGCUGCUCGUUAUGCUGAUUGCCACCAGUCAUUGUUUGACGCAGAUUAUGCUACCCUUCGCAACGUGGAGUUACAACAGCAGAGCUGCUUGCUGGUCUCUCAUGUAAUCGAAGCUUUGAUACUGGACCCACCGGCAGCCAGUUUUCAGGAGCACGGCACAUCGGGGUCUGUUCAGACAGAGAGCGAAUAUGAGCGACGGAUGAUGUCGGUCUUUCACCAUGUGCUCGACGAAGUGGAAGGACUCUCCAAGAAACACCCCCCUGUUUCACACCUGCAUACCAAUUGUCUCUGUGAUGCUGUCAUAGCCUUGCUGAAGGUGCCGCUGUCUUUCCAAAGAUAUUUUUUCCAAAAACUCCAGUCAACCAGCAUCAAGCUUGCUCUUUCUCCAUCACCUCGAACUCCAAGUGAGCCCAUCCCGGUUCAGAACAGUCAACAGCUGACUCUGAAGGUAGAGGGAGUGGUACAACAUGGGUCCACCCCGGGACUCUUCAGGAAGAUCCAAUCUGUUUGCCUCAAUGUCACUUCAGUUCUACAGAGCAAGACGGGGCCUGACUACAAAAUACCACUUGAUAGUAAAACAAAUGAGAUCGAGCAGCGAGUAGAACCUCACAAUGACUUCUUCAGCACCCAGUUCCUGCUUAACUUCUCCAUCCUGGGCACUCAUGUUGUCACUGUGGAGGCGUCGGUGGUGGAUGAGAGUGGCAUCGAGUGGAAGACGGGGCCGAAGACGGUGGUGUCCGUCAAGUCUCUGGAAGAUCCUUAUUCCCAGCAGCUCCGCCACCAGCUGCAGCAGGGUGGACCUCAACCUACCCCACAGAGGAGUUCAUACAUUCGCUUUUAGUCAAUCUGUUGAAUUUGUUUUACAAUAUGAACUUGUUAACUUUAUCCGUUUUGUCUUUUCAAAAAUAAAUGUUUUUUUCACCAAUGA